CAGAACAACUGGGAAGGUGCCUUUUACGGCCUAUAGGCCCUGUACUCAGUAUACUGCACAGUUUUGUCUGAAAAAUGAGGAAUUUCUUAUGAAAAUAAUUCGGGGUAGUAUCAUUGGUAUGUGUGCCGCGGGGAACCUUCUUCCAGUCAGCGAAACAUUACUUUCAUUUUUCUUGGUACCUCGUGAUUUCUCAUUAACGUAUGCCAUCGUUGCGACAAAUCACCGUAAUUUCUUUAGAGGACCCUUUGUUCGCAAUGCGCUCGCCUGGACGGUGCGAACAAGUUCGGCAAAUAUUCUGCGAAGAAUGCCAAACGCACACGCCACGGCCGUGUUAUACACACGCGCGUAUCACUCCCGACAAGCUCGUCAUUCCCUAUUCCGUGGCCAGUCUUCCCGAGUCACUGUAUCUACACGCUGCAGUUGACGAUGAUUCUGAGAAGGCCGUCUUCGCCAGGGAAAUCAUUCCCGCGCUGACAAUCUUCGGUCCCUUGAUGGGAUCGGUGACCAGCAUUAAGCCCGCUGAGUGUGCCUUUGCUUGCGGGAAUGCGGAGAACGAGGAGUUGCGUUACUUCCAGCUGGAUUCCGAUCGAACCUCCAACUGGAUGAAACACGUCAGAUUCGCCAACAAUCCACAAGAAUGCAAUCUCGCCGUCUUUGAGGUACCGCAGUCUGUUCCGUUCUGGCAAUCUUCGAAUGGCGCGUUGCGUUUGGGAUUGGUGAUCUUUGUGACAAUCCGCCGCAUUCUGCCUGAACGAGGAACUGAAGAUCGGCUUACUCGUGGGAUUAUACCAGCCGCAUCGGGCGUGGCUAUCAGGGCAACACGGCGACCGAAAACAACACCCACGCCACUAAUGCUGCCGGUGCAGUCAUUUCCAGUGGACUGCCGGCCGACAUCACUUUGAUGGACAAUCUCGCCUCCGAUUUCAUCAAUUUUGACGUUAGUUCCACAGCUAACCGUGACUUUGCAAUGGAUUUUACUCCCGUCGUCCCCUGCAGGACAUACGACGGUUCUAGCGAAUGUCCUGACGACAAGGGUGUUUCCGAUUCAGAGAUUCUCAACGAUUGCCUUUCUCGGGAUGAGGAAUGCUUGGUCCAGGCCAACGUUGAAGCAACUGAAGCGAGCGAGUGUACUGUCUUCGAUACGGAGAACGCAGCGUUUUUGGGUCGAACAGCGACUGCCUCACCGGUCAGCAACCUCGACAAUGAUGACGCGCUGUCAGAAAUGUGUGUGCGGCAUCUGGACGAUGGUUCGGAUUUGCCGUUGACAGUUAGCCUUGAAGCCGACUCCGGUGAAACUGUGGACUGGAACCAAGAUAGUUUGAAAACCAAGAAACAUCUUCAAUCUAGGAAAAAAGGAAAAUGUUUGGUUUGCGGUCGAUAUUUCAAAUACUUGGUAUCACAUCUCAACACAACGCAUACGGAGGAGGAUGUCCGUGCAGUGGAUGACGCCUGCUUCCUGUGUCAUAGAAAAUUUCAAAGCCACAAAGGGUUUGGAGUGCAUCUGAAAAUGGCUCACCGUCGCGUUCCGCCGCUCGACGAAACUGCUCGACUAGCUGCUCUGGAUUAUAUCCAGAGAACGGGAUGCUUGCAUUACCGCUGCGCUGACUGCCGUAAAGUGUUCACAAGUGAAGCGCUGCUAAAUAUCCACGCUUUCGCACAUGAUACUGAUGGAAGCCGGCAUGAAGAACAACCGGAGAGGAAGUGUCCAGGCUGUACGUUUACUGGGCCGACGUUUGCCGAGCUGCUUGAACACACCGGGCAGCAUUCGCGGACCCUUGGGAAGCAACAUCAGUGUAUUCUGUGCGGCAUGCUUGUCGAUAGCCUAAUCAGGCAUGCAGACGCGCAGCAUCCUGAAGUGCGGCAGAUAUUGCAGGAGAAAUGGUCGUUUGAAUGCUCCGAGUGCUCGCAAACCUUUAUCGAUAUGGUCCGGUUAAAGGUUCAUAUGAACAAGAGCCACCAACGCACCCGCUGCUUGUACUGCGGAUUCCGAGGCCCCACCAUGAAUGCACUGAUUAAGCAUGUGAAGCAGCAUCGCGUGGACCGGUUGUUUCCGUGCCAGUGGUGUGGAAUAUCCUAUAAAAAAUAUGACGCACUUGUUGUGCAUGUUCGGGAAAGUCACAGUGAUGUUUUGAACCAAUUAACUGAAGAACAUACUGAAACUGUUGGAAAUGAUUACACUACAGCAGCUGCGCCGGAAAGUGCUACGUUGACAGAAUUUAUUGAACACAAACAAGAGACAUCCAUGUUUUCUUAUUAUUGUGACUCCUGUCACCUGCAUUUCCCCAUCAAAGCGCUAUGGGAUCUCCAUAAGAUACAUCAUUAUUCGGAUAGCAAAGAAUUAGACCAGCGUCCAGAGCGUCGUUGUCCGGCAUGCGAUUUUGAAGCUGCCUGUUUUGCCGACUUGAUGCAUCACAGCAAAGAGCACGGUUUGAGUCCGACGGAUAAGAAACCGUGUGCCGUUUGCGGAGGACACUUUCGGUAUCUUAAGAGGCACUUCCGCACCCAGCAUCCAGAGAUCCUGCAGCGCCUAGAGGAGAACUGGGAGUUUGUGUGUGAUGAAUGUGGAGAACGCUUCAAAAGCGAGAAUAAUCUUAACUUCCACAUCAAGACCGUGCAUGUGGGAGGAUUUCAGUGUCUGUACUGCGCAAAACUGUUCCGCAGUCUACUAGAGUUGGGACUGCAUGCCCGGCCGGAACACAGUGUCAACGGCGAAUAUCCUUGUCUGUCCUGUGAUAAAAAAUUCGGGAGUUAUUCUCUCGCAAGACAGCAUUAUCGUGAACGCCACGAUGUGAUGCAGAUGAAGACGUGCGAGAUUUGUCAGGAUGUCUGCCGCGGCAAGAAACAAUUGGCGGAGCAUAUGGAAAGCGUUCAUGAUGUCCAGACAAAGGUCAACAAAUCCAAGAUAGGGAAAAAAGAAAGCGACCACCGGUAUCCCAUAUGA